AUGGACAUGGACCUCCAGUCCAAGCCCCCGCGGCCCCACUGGUACGAGCUCUACGUCCAGCCCUGCGUGGCCGAGCUGCUGGGCAGCGCGCUCUUCAUCUUCGUCGGCUGCCUCUCGGUGGUCGAGGACGUGGGGGGCACGGGGAGGCUGCAGCCCGCCCUGGCACACGGGCUGGCCGUGGGGCUCGCCGUCGCCGUCCUGGGAGACAUCAGCGGAGGCCACCUCAACCCCGCCGUGUCCGUGGCCAUGUGGCUGGUCGGCGGGCUCAACAUCACCAUGCUCAUUCCUUACUGGGUCUGCCAGCUCUGCGGCGGGAUGAUAGGAGCCGGCCUGGCCAAGGCCGUGGCGGCGAGCGAGCGGUACGUGAACGCCAGCGGCGCCGCCUUCAGCAGCAUCACGGCCGACGAGCAGAUCCCCUCCGUCCUCAUGGGCGAGAUCGUCAUGACCACCUUCCUCAUCCUCGUGGCCUGCAUGGGCGCCGUCAACGGGAAGACCAAGACCCCGCUGGCCCCGUUCUGCAUCGGCUUCACGAUCACGGUCAACGUCUUGGCGGGAGGUGGCGUGUCCGGAGCCUGCAUGAAUCCUGCCAGAGCCUUCGGGCCAGCGCUGGUAGCAAACUACUGGGACUAUCACUGGGUUUACUGGGUAGGGCCCAUGGUCGCUGCCCUCCUUGUCAGCGUGCUGGUGAGGCUCCUGCUCGGCGACCGGUCCACCCGCCUGUUCCUGAAGUGAUGCCGGGCGCGGGGCCCCGUGCGCGCCGGCGUCGCUGCCCUGCCGCGGGCGGCCGGAGCGGCUCCGCACAGCGGGCACCAGGCCCCCCCGCCAGCCC